AUGGAUUUUAAAAGAGUAGAUAGAGUAGAAGUAUCUUCAAAAGAAGAGGGUUUUGUUGGUUCAUACUACUCAGCAACAAUCUUAGCGAAACUAGCACCAACAAAUGAGCUGCCUUUUCUGCCUGAGAUUAAGUUAUCUGAGUAUUCACUUCUUGAUAAGGUUGAUGCUUAUGAUAAUGAUGGGUGGUGGAUUGGGAGAAUUAGUGCUGUUCUUGAUGAUUCUAUGUAUUAUGUCUAUUUUGAAAAUUCUAGGGAUGAAAUUGCUUACCCUGUCGAUAAACUGAGGAUUCAUCAGGAGUUCGAUAAUGGGAAAUGGUUUGUUACUAAUCACAAAUGGUUCCUGGAUGAUAAAACAGGACUCUAUAAUCUUGUGUUGGUAUCUUUAAUCGCCACUCUAGUGACGGGUUCAAGGGCUGACGAACAAACAAUUGACCAAUUGAUCGUGACUGGAGACAGUGAUCAAAUCUUGCAGAAAGCUAUUCAGCAACACGGGCGAGGCCAGGUAAUGAACACCCUGACAGAAAUUCAGGAACGUCAUGGGGCUGUUAGAGACGUCGAGAGUAAGCUUCUUGAGUUGCAGCAGAUUUUCAUGGACAUGGCAGUGUUGGUGGAGACACAAGGUGACAUGCUGGACAACAUAGAAUCACAGGAUUUAAGUGCUGUGGACCAUGUUCAAUCUGGAGCUGCUGCUCUUCAGAAAGAAAAGAAGCUUGAACGGAAUUCUCGAAAAUGGAUUCUAUUGAAAGGCCUCGUGAAUCCAAGUAAUGAAGAACUUUGACGAAUUUCUGCCUACUUAGAAGCCUGAAGAUUGGGAUGACAAGGAGUACAUAGAUGAUCCUGAAGAUAAGAAGCCAGAGGUGUUCACCCACCUUCAGACUUUGUAGUGAUAAACAUGUUGAGCAGUUAAGAAAGAGGUUUAUCCACUCUAUUGCUCCAAGAGGGCUUGCCGGUGAUAGACAGUAUGUAGUCCCUGCUUCAGGAUUUAGUUUUAGCGCACAACAGAUAUGUUAAAGUUAUCCUAGACAACACCUUAACCUUCCUUCUCAUAAGGUCUAUAAAUUUUUCUGUAGGGAAUCAAUUUUUUGUUUCAUUUUUGAUUUCAGUUUCUUCAACAUAUUUUUCUUUUUGCUCCUAAGGUGUCAUCCUAGACAACACCUUAACCUUCCUACUCAGCAAGUUUUUUAACUUAGAAUUUGAUACUUACAAGAAUUUGGUACUUAAGAAGAUUUUAUGUUCUUCUUUGAUUGAAAGUUAUAUGAAUAAAUUGAAA